CCGCCGCCGAUUAGGUUCCAAGACUUUGAUGCCCAUAUUGAGUAUCUAAAAUCGGACGCCGUCGUAUUGGAUGAAUUUCAGAGGCUUGAGGAUCUUACAAGGCAACAGGAUGUUGACUAUGGACUGACGUCCUUCAUUGCUGAAGUGGAGCCAAAUCUGAACCGGUACAAGGACAUGCCGCCCUAUGAUCAGAGUAUCGUUCGUCUGGACCGCGACUGGAACGAGUACCGGAAUGAUCAACAGCCCAUCGGACCUCGGAUAAGCAAAGUGCAGGCAGUAUACGUGAAUGCUAACUACGUGAAGGCCUGCGACUACGAUGUCAUGGGACGGGCGCAGGUUGCGUCGAGGACCAGCCUACCAGAGUACAUCGCCACUCAGGGUCCGCUCACGCACACUGAAGCCGACUUCCUCUACAUGGUACAUCAACAACGCUGCCCAGUAGUCAUUAUGCUCUGCAAAAUCGAGACUGUGGAGGUUGCCCCACAUCUGGCAAAAGAUACGGCGUACAGUGCUUCCUACAGUGUCCCCUACAUCCAAGAGGGAGGAAAAAGCAAGUGUGCUCAGUACUGGCCUGACCAGGCAGGCAAGCCAGAGGAAAAAAAGAGUUUCACAAGGACUGUUAAAGUGACCCUGCUUGAGACAAUUAAGUCGCCCUUCAUGGUGACACGGGUGCUGAUGGUGCAGCCGGAAGGAAAAUCAGAGCCUUGGACAUUCACACAACUCCACUUUCUCGGCUGGGGUGAUUAUGCUGUACCGGACGUUGGAGAGUUCUAUCAGUUGUAUCAAACCUACAAAAAUAUACGGCAGCAGAAACCACUCUCUGCAGCUUUCGGCCCUACUGUCGUCCAUUGCAGCGCUGGUGUUGGGCGCACUGGAACACUGAUCUGUGCGGACAUGCUGUUAGAACAAUUGCGAAAGAACCCGUCGCAAAUUGACGUCUUUGGAACAGUUCUAGCAUCCCGCGUCUUCCGCUGCCAAUUCGUUCAGGUCAAGGUAAGCCCUAGCAACUCCACUGGUUGA